AUGCCACUGUCUCGACAUUUAAUCUAUUUAACGGAACGAGAGUGGACAGACAAAUGCCAUCUAAUAAUAUUUUCCACACAAUCUAUCUAUCUAUCGCAGUAUUUCUAUCUAUCUAUCUAUCUAUCUAUCUAUUGUCUUUUCAUAUCUAUGUCCAUUUACGAGCAAAUGGCUAAAUUUUCACCAUUUGAAAGUCACAUUCUUUCUUUCUUUCUUUCUUUUGUAUUUAUCCACCUCCACCAUUGCUACCGAUCUUUGUCUUGUUUCUUUUCAUUUUUCCUUCUCCCCACUUUAUUUUUCUUUAUCUACUUUUCUUUCUCUUAUAUUCUUUACGUUUCUUCUCCAACGUCUCCCGUUCUUUCUUUCUUUCUUUCUUUUCUCUUCUUUCCUUUUCUUUCUUUCUUCUCUUUCUUUCUUUCUUUCUUUCCUCUUCUUUUCUUUUCUAUUUCUUUCUUUCUUUCUUUUUCUUUUCUCUUCUUUCCUUUGCUUUCCUUUUCUUUCUUUCUUUCUUUCUUUCUUUCUUUCUUUCUUUCUUUCUUUCUUUCUUUCUUUUCUUUUCUUUUCUUUUCUUUUCUUUCAUUCUUUCUUUCUUUUCUCUUCUUUUCUUUCUUUCUUUCUUUCUUUCUUUCUUUCUUUCAACACUUAAUAUCACAAAACUUUCUUUUUCAUUCAUUCCCUUUCCACUAUCCACUUCAGAUUCACAAUUAA